AUGUAUAAAGACUACCGUUACUAUGUUUCGGACACGGUACGAUGUUUUUGAGUAUAUUUUUUAAUUUAAUAAUAAUACAGGAAGCAGAAGAAUGGCUUCGAAUACACCUUCUAAAUAGCGUGUUCAUAAUCACGACCGCCUACAUUGUUACAUAUGUUUACUACCGUAAAACGCAAAAGUAUUUACAAAGAUAUGAAGCAAACGUGCGACCAGCCACACUGAAGGCUCAGAAACAGGUCGGGAUGAUCUUGGCCCUACAGGCAAGUGUCAGCAAAGAAUUUAUUUAAAAGCAACGAGGGUUGAUUUAGGCCCUUUAUCCAAUGAUUGUACUGGGUAUUCCAAUCAUAAUUGGAAAUCUUGUCCCGAUCAUUGGAAUAAAUUCCUCGACACUUGGCAAUGUCUUGAUCUCCAUUGUCCAUACAACUCCCAUUCUCAACGCGGUUUCAAUUAUCAUCUUUGUUCCGUCAUAUCGAAGGGCAACGGUGGCAUGUUUUCAAGCCGUCUACAAGUGCAAACUAGAUGAAUGCAAAAGUAAUUCGGUAUAUAACGUAUCCGAUAAGGACGUGCAUCCACGGAGCACAACCAUGGGAACUACUGCUUGA